GAGGAGAGGGGGCGGGCGGUCUAGCUGCUGGAGAAGAAAGAGUGAUGUUUUGAGGUCUCGGCGGCUUUGUUUAUGCGGCUCGCGAAAAAGAAAUUCCGGUGCGCCUAGGAAGGAUUAAAAGUCGAAAUUCAUUUCGCCGAAAUUCGGCCCGUGGACCAAAAGGCGGCGAUGCGAUUUCCGGACGGAAGUCGGGUUUGAGGCGCAUAUUUUGACGCCACUGCAAAUUAGCCUUGCGUUCUCGCUCGACUUCGAGCGUGUUGCUGAGCAAAACUGUUGAAAUUCUCGAACUCAACCAUGGCGGUGCACGGGGCGCAGCCAAAACGGAAGGAAAUAUACAAAUACGAGGCGCCGUGGCCUCUGUACAGCAUGAACUGGUCGGUGCGGCCCGACAAGAGGUUUAGCAGACUGGCUCUCGGCAGUUUUGUCGAAGAGUACAACAACAAGGUCCAGAUUGUGAGCCUCGACGAGGACAAUUCUGAAUUCACGGCCAGGAGUACUUUUGACCACCCGUACCCAACCACCAAAAUCAUGUGGAUUCCUGAUAGUAAAGGGGUAUUUCCUGAUCUCCUAGCAACAAGUGGGGAUUAUUUGAGGGUUUGGAGAGCUGCUGACGCUGAGACGAGGCUAGAGUGUGUCUUGAAUAAUGUAAAAAACAAGAAUUCCGACUUCUGUGCGCCGCUGACCUCUUUUGACUGGAAUGAGGUGGACCCGAAUCUGAUUGGGACCUCAAGCAUAGACACCACCUGCACCAUCUGGGGCCUGGAAACUGGCCAAGUGUUGGGCCGAGUCAAUUUGGUCACAGGGCAUGUCAAGACACAGUUGAUAGCCCAUGACAAGGAAGUCUACGACAUUGCCUUCAGCAGAGCAGGCGGAGGACGGGACAUGUUUGCUUCUGUUGGAGCAGACGGCUCAGUUCGAAUGUUUGAUUUAAGGCAUCUUGAACAUUCAACCAUUAUUUAUGAAGACCCGCAGCACACACCACUUCUGCGCCUAGCCUGGAACAAACAGGAUCCCAAUUAUCUGGCCACCGUGGCCAUGGAUGCGUGUGAGGUCAUUAUUUUGGAUGUCCGUGUUCCGUGCACCCCAGUUGCUCGCCUGAACAACCACCGAGCCUGUGUGAAUGGAAUUGCAUGGGCUCCUCACUCGUCUUGUCACAUCUGUACAGCUGGUGACGAUCACCAGGCCUUGAUUUGGGACAUCCAGCAGAUGCCGAGGGCAAUCGAAGACCCCAUUCUGGCCUACACUGCAGCCGAGGGUGAAAUCAAUCAGAUCCAGUGGGGAGCAACGCAGCCCGACUGGAUUGCAAUUUGCUACAACCGGUCCCUGGAGAUUCUGAGGGUGUAAUCGACCAGAGCAUUUAUAUCGAAAAUAUUCUUGCUAAUUUGCAACCCUGAAAAUUGCCAUGUAGAUAAAAACCCCUUGGUGAAGGGCUGGGAAAAGGGGAAAUUUGAGCGACUGAGAUUUUCUAAUGUUCAAAGUCUCUGGUUUUGGUGAAUUUGCCAUUUCUGAUCUCCUGGAAAUUGAGAACCCUGGAUUUCCGAGCCCUUCUGUUUGAGACCAGCAAUCCUCUUGUCCCCCACACAAUGUUGAAAACACAAGCAGACGCGUGAAGGGAAAUCUGCAAACUUUGUGAUAACGCCAAGUUAAAUUUAACUUAUAAAAAUUAUGGUCAUCGUCUGCCUAGUGUUAGGAAAUGAUCUGCUAUAACAGCGCACCCUCCAUUGUUUUGGAAAAUCUGAUGUAGGAAAUGUUUUCCUUUGCCCUUUUAGAAAGAUAAGAACUUGACAUAGUAAAAUGUAUACACCACCACCUUUUAUUAUUUAUUGCAUACACAAAGUGUCCCCGAAUCCCGAAUUUGUCGAUGGAAAAGUAUGUGUCUGUCGUCUUGUGACUGUAAUUAGUGAUAGAGCUCUAUGAUUAUGUGCACUUGUGUAAAUUUGGGUUAAAACGUUUUAUUAAAACUCUGUGGGAUUUUGGAUGCAGAUUUGAUUUUCUUAUCUGUAAUAAAAUUUGAGUAAUAUAAAAAUG